AUGAAGGCAAGAGUCUGGCGGCCGGCAACUAAUGAUGUGAAUGAGGGUGCGUUGGGGUCCUAUGUUGUCUGGGCACACGAUAAUCCCACUGGCGCUCUGCACACUCACAAUGCUCUCAAAAUGUGCCAGCGCAACAGCACUGAGAAAUUUGCGGCAACAUUUUUCAAUGCUGAAGAUUAUCAUUUUGUUAUUGCUGCAGCGCGUCGGUUGGAAUCAGAGGGCCUAGAGAAGAAGCGGCGACAAGAGCAGAGGGAGUACGACGCGCGGAUGCUUGACAAGAAAGAGGCCGCCAAUGCGAAGAAGCUUGCAAAGGCAGAUGCCAUCCGUUCGCGUCUUGAUUCCAUCCCUCUAAUCAAGUCAAUCAACGACAUCCGGGUCCCAUGGAUGACGCGGGAGCGUUUGGACGACCAGCUUGAGAAGCUACGGCGGUUAUGGAACCCUGACAAGAAAAAAUCACAGCGGAUUACAAUUCCUUGUAAGUCGCAUAUUCCUAAGCUGGCUGACAAGCAGAAGGCGCUGGAGGAUGCAUUUUCAGCACAUCUGGCACUUCUGGCAGAUGAGGUUGGUGACGAGAGCAUUGAUGGAUUGUUUGGAGAUGGUUUGGACAGUGAAACAGAUACAGAGGUAUUGGACGUUGACUACUGGGAUGAGGAGGAUGCAGAGAUGGAGUAA